CCCCCGCCCUCGGCACGUCUUAGUCCAGGCGGGGAGCGCAGGGCGGACACUGGGCUCUUCCCCGGCGGCGGCAGCAGCGGCAGCGGCUCGGAGCGGGCUCCGGGACUGGGGCGCAGCGGCCGGUGGGUGCCGGGCUGGAGGAUUCUCCCCGCCCCCCGGCUGGAGCUGCGGAUAAGGGUUCAGCGGACGCGGGCCAGGAUACUAGGAGACGGGCUCGGGAGACGGCGUCGCGCUCACCAUGCUGAGCUGCGGGGACCCCGGGGCUUUGCUGUGCGCGCUGCUCGGCUGGGUGCUGCUGGCAGAAUCUAGUUUAGGUUCAAAAUUGAGAGGUCCUGAAUUGAGCUUAAAAGGCACCCAGCACGUGAUGCAAGCUGGCCAGACACUGUAUCUCAAAUGCAGGGGGAAUGGAGCCCACUCAUGGUCUUUGCCUGACACGGUGAGUAAGGAGAGCAAAAGACUUAGCAUAACUAAGUCUGCUUGUGGAAGGAAUGGCAAACAAUUCUGCAGCAUUCUGACCUUGAACAUGACUCAGGCGAACCACACUGGCUUCUAUAGCUGCAGAUAUCUGUAUAUACCUGCUUCAAAGAAGAAAACAGAAUCUACAAUCUAUAUAUUUAUUAAUGAUACAGGUAGACCUUUCUUAGAGACGCACAGUGAAAUACCCGAGGUUAUAAAUAUGACUGAAGGAAGAGAGCUCGUUAUUCCCUGCCGGGUCUCAUCACCUGACAUCACUGUGACUUUAAAAAAGUUUCCAUUUGAUACUCUAAUCCCUGAUGGGAAAAGAAUAACUUGGGACAGUAGGACGGGUUUUAUAAUAGCAAAUGCAACAUAUAGAGAAAUUGGACUCUUAAGCUGUGAAACAACAGUCAAUGGACAUUUAUAUACGACAAACUAUCUCACACUUCGACACACCAAUACAAUCAUAGAUGUCCAAAUAACCACACCAAGCCCAGUCAGAGUUCUUCGAGGUCACACUCUUACCCUCAACUGUACCGCUACCACUCCACUGAACACAAGAGUUAAGAUGACCUGGAGCUACCCUGGUGACAUACAUAACAGAGCCAUUACAAGUCAACGAAUGGACCACCAGACUUUUGCCAAUGUGUUCUACAGUGUUCUUGUUAUUGACAAAGUGCAGAACAAAGACAAAGGACUUUAUACAUGUGAAGUGAAGAGUGGACCUUCAUUCAAAUCUGUUGACACCUCAGUGCACAUAUAUGACAAAGCAUUCAUCAAUGUGAAACAUCGCAAUGAGCAGGUGCUGGAAACUGUAGCUGGCAAGCGGUCCUACCGGCUGUCUAUGAAAGUGAGGGCAUUUCCUUCCCCAGAAGUUGUAUGGCUAAAAGAUGGGUUACCUACAGCUGAGAAAUCUGCUCGUUAUUUGGUUCGUGGCUCUUCACUGAUUAUCAGAGAUGUGACUGCAGAAGACGCCGGGGAUUAUACAAUCCUGCUAAGCAUAAAGCAGUUCAAUGUAUUUAAAAAUCUCACUGCCACUCUAAAUGUAAAUGUGAAGCCUCAGAUUUACGAAAAGGCAGUGUCAUCAUUUCCAGACCCGACUCUCUACCCCUUGGGCAGCAGACAGAUCCUCACUUGUACCAUAUAUGGUAUCCCUCAGCCGACAGUCAAAUGGUUCUGGCACCCCUGUAACCAUAGUCACUCCACAGCAAGGCAUGACUUUUGUUCUAAUAGUCAAGAGUCCUUUAUGCUGGAUCCUAACAGCUACACAGGAAACAGAAUUGAAAGCAUCACUCAGCGCAUGGCAAUUAUAGAAGGAAAAAAUAAGAUGGCUAGCACGUUGGUUGUGGCUGACUCUAGAAUUUCUGGAAUCUACACUUGCAUGGCUUUCAAUAAAGUAGGGACUGUGGAAAGAGACAUAAGGUUCUACGUCACAGAUGUACCAAAUGGAUUUCAUGUUAACUUGGAGAAAAUGCCCGCAGAAGGAGAGGAUCUGAAACUGUCUUGCACAGUUAACAAGUUCCUAUACAAAAACCUCACUUGGAUUUUGCUGCGCACAGUGAAUAACCAAACAAUGCAGCACAGCAUUAGCAAGCAAAAAAUGGCAGUCACAAAAGAGUACUCCAUCACUCUCAACCACACCCUCAAGAAUGUUUCUCGGGAAGACUCAGGUGUCUACGCCUGCAGAGCCAGGAACAUAUACACAGGCGAAGAAGUCCUUCAGAAGAAAGAAGUUAUAAUCAGAGAUCAGGAAGCUCCCUACCUCCUCCGAAACCUGAGUGACCACUCCGUGUCUGUCAGCAGCUCCACCACCCUCCACUGUCAGGCUCAUGGGGUGCCCGAGCCUCAGAUAACCUGGUUUAAAAACCACCAUCAAAUUCAACAGGAACCUGGAAUUAUUUUAGGAACAGGAAGCAGCACACUGUUUAUCGAGAGAGUCACAGAAGAAGAUGAAGGUGUCUAUCACUGCAGAGCCACCAACCAGAAGGGCACUGUGGAGAGCUCAGCCUACCUCACUGUGCAAGGAACCUCGGACAAGUCAAACCUGGAGCUGAUCACGCUGACAUGCACCUGUGUGGCUGCCACCCUCUUCUGGCUCCUCCUAACUCUCUUUAUCCGAAAACUCAAAAGGUCCUCCCCCGAGAUAAAGGCCGACUACCUGUCCAUCAUAAUGGACCCGGAUGAAGUGCCCCUGGAUGAGCAGUGUGAGCGGCUCCCGUAUGACGCCAAUAAGUGGGAGUUCGCCCGGGAGAGACUCAAACUGGGCAAAUCCCUGGGCAGAGGAGCUUUUGGAAAAGUGGUCCAAGCAUCUGCAUUUGGCAUAAAGAAAUCACCCACAUGCCGGACUGUUGCUGUGAAAAUGCUAAAAGAGGGGGCCACGGCCAGUGAGUAUAAGGCUCUUAUGACGGAGCUCAAGAUCUUGACCCACAUUGGCCACCACCUGAACGUUGUCAACCUGCUGGGAGCCUGCACCAAGCAAGGAGGGCCCCUGAUGGUGAUUGUAGAAUACUGCAAGUAUGGAAAUCUGUCCAACUAUCUCAAAAGCAAACGAGACUUAUUCUUCCUCAACAAGGACGCAGCACUUCAGCUGGAACCCAAGAAGGAAAACCUGGCGCCAGAUGUGGAUGGAGGCAAGAAGCAAAGACUAGACAGUGUCACCAGCAGUGAGAGCUUUGCGAGCUCGGGGUUCCAGGAAGACAAAAGUCUGAGUGAUGUUGAGGAAGAGGAGGAUUCUGACGACUUCUACAAGCAGCCCCUCACGAUGGAAGAUCUGAUUUCCUACAGUUUUCAAGUGGCCAGAGGCAUGGAGUUUUUGUCCUCUAGAAAGUGUAUUCACCGAGACCUGGCAGCACGAAAUAUUCUUUUAUCUGACAACAAUGUGGUGAAGAUUUGUGAUUUUGGCCUUGCCCGGGAUAUUUAUAAGAACCCUGAUUAUGUGAGAAAAGGAGAUACCCGACUUCCUCUGAAAUGGAUGGCUCCCGAAUCCAUCUUUGACAAAAUCUACAGCACCAAGAGUGAUGUAUGGUCUUAUGGAGUUCUGCUGUGGGAGAUCUUCUCCUUGGGUGGCUCUCCUUACCCAGGAGUGCAGAUGGACGAGGACUUCUGCAGCCGCCUGAGAGAAGGCAUGAGGAUGCGUGCCCCUGAGUACGCCACCCCGGAAAUCUACCAGACCAUGCUGGAUUGCUGGCGCAAAGAUCCAAAAGAAAGGCCACGAUUUGCGGAGCUUGUGGAAAAACUAGGUGAUCUGCUUCAGGCAAAUGUCCAGCAGGACGGGAAGGACUACAUCCCACUGAAUGCCAUACUGACAGGAAAUAGUGGAUUUACAUACUCAACCCCUACUUUCUCUGACGAUUUCUUCAAGGAAGAUAUUCCAACGUCAAAGUUUAAUCCUGGGAGUUCUGAUGAUGUCAGAUAUGUAAACGCUUUUAAUUUCAUGAGCUUGGAGAGAAUCAAGACCUUUGAACAACUGUCACCAGGUUUCACCUCCAUGAUGGGUGACUACCAGGUGGGUGGCAGCAUGCUGCUGACCUCGCCCUUGCUGAAACGCUUCACCUGGACCGAGAGCAAACCCAAGACCUCACUGAAAAUUGACUUGCGAGUAACCAGCAAGAGCAAGGAGUCAGGGCUUUCCGACCUCACCUCGCCGACUCUGUGCCACCCUGGCUGUGGGCACUUCAGCAGAGGCGAGCGCAGGUUCACCUACGACAACUCCGAGCUGGAGAAGAAGAUUUCGUGCUGCUCUCCUCCUCCAGACUACAACUCAGUGGUCUUACACUCCACCCCGCCGCCUCUCUAAAGCCCGACACAGAGAGCCACUGUGUAUUAUUGCCCCCCAGAAAACGAGCUUUUGCCAGUAUUAUCCACAUCUAAACGCACAUCUUUCCCUUUCCACAGCAGUAUUUUUUUUUCCUUUGACUAACAAGAAUGUAACCCAGAUAAAGAAAUAGCAGCGAUUCCCCAGAGACACACCUUACUAGGGAAAGAGAGAGGCAGACUGGGAGUAUGGACCGACCAGUCAACGCCCAUGUUCAGCGGGGAAGCAAUUACAGAAGCCAGACCCUCUACCUUCUGCAACCCUCAACGACCCUGGGUCCAUGCUCCCAGAGGGCUAGAGAAUGGGAAGGCUAUCAUGGGAGAGGGUGGGUUAUGGGGAUUGGGUGGUGGGAAUUGUGUGGAGUUGUACCCCUCCUACCUUAUGCCUUUGUUCACUAAUCCUUUCUUAAAUAAAAAAUUAAAAAAAAAAAAAAGAAAUAGCAGCAGGUGAAGAACACUACUGUUAAAUCCUUAUGUUACUCUCUGCCUUACAGAAAGCCUUUCUAAGCCCAAAGAUUUAGCAGCAAGACCCAGGAGAAGGCCUAAACAAAUUCUUUGGAGUCCUCUAGCAGACACAAGACAUGUAAGAUGGAAAGAAAGGGGCGGGGAGGAAGGAGAGAGGGGAAAUAGGGCAGAGCAUGGGAGAGAGUUUGAGCUGCAUUGCACCACAUGGCAGCGAGGGAGGAAGCUGCAGCCAGUGCCCCCUUAGUGGCUGGGUAACUCUGACUAUGCACCUGCUCCACAUUCCAGGGCCCAGGGGAGCAACAGGACAGAGGGGUCUGAAGACAAUUUUUGUGUUCUUGGGAGGCAAGCAAAGUAUAGUUUUUUUUUUUUUUCUGAAACUACACAGCAAAUGUUACAGUCUUAGCCAUGGGGCUGAUUCUGUACUCAUGUCCACACAGAACACAGUUUCAAAUUUCUAGCACUGGUGGUGAUGCUAAAAUUUGAGCCUGGCUCCUUUCUUGACACUGGAAUCUUACCCUGGGCUCAGCUGGCUCCAAGGCAUGAAAGCCCCUCAGCCUACUGUACACAGCAAGCCAACUGGAACGUGUUUGGCCUGUCGGGGUUAUCUACUGGGCUUAAUGCCAUUAAAAAAAAUUAAUGUCAGGUUCUACUUUGAGUAUUAAUGUAUAGUUAAAACACUUAACUCAAUGUCUUGUAUAAUCCUGUAUUGAACACUUACAAAAGUUGAGGAGAAUGUAAGUGCAGUCUUGCGAAGGGUUACCUUUAUAUCAGGACUAGAAAAGAUGAAAUAAGGCAGAAAGAAAAUCCUAUUGAUGUAUCAGCCAAAUCAACUCAAAUAGUUGGAGCUUGACAGUGGGUAAGAAUCAAUCAUGCUUCCUUUUUACACUCUUGCAAUUCCACUGUGUCACGCUAAUCUGGAAGGAUGUGGAAGAGCACAAACCAAUGUUUUAGUAAGCACUUUAUGUUCGUGGAGAGGACAGUGAUUUAUGCAAGGUGUUUCUAGAAAUAUGACUCAGGAUAUGAAUGAAAUGAUCAUUUUGAAGUAAAGCCUUUUCACCUGCUUUGGACCUUAGCCCUAAGAGUGAUGGAAACAGGGGGAUAGGAUAGACAAGAAUGCCUCCACUUCCAGGUCUAAAAGUCAAUGAACCCCGGGGCUUUUAGCUGGCUGUUUGGUGUCUGAAGCCGGUUAGAGCUGGACAAAUAGCAGUGAAGUGCUGAAGUGUAACUACUGGAAGAAUCUUGACUUCCUGCCCAGUGUAUCACACUCGUGGUUUAAGGCCCACUGUAUGGAAAGAUGGGAUAGUUGGCACAGUUCUUACAGGCAAGACAUUUGGCGCUCUGGUGGGGGCUCUGCAGCAAGAACCAUGCACAAACAAAACCAGGUUAGAGCAGAGCCUUUCACAAAACCACACACGACAACUUGCCAUAGCAGAAGCCAGAUCACCAGGAGGAGGGUCAGCAUAAGGAAAACAGAAGACCUAAAUCAAACUCCCCUAUUCUGAAAUUACGUUAGGGUCUAGAAACUAAUGAUAAAGAAAACAAUCUUAGUUCUAUAUAGAACAUCUUGAUUUCAGUAGUAUUUUUGAAUGGAGGCAAUGCUGGUUUACAUCACUGUAUGUUUUAGGGGUGCUUUUCCACACUUCUUCAAAAUGAAGUUGUCAGAACACAUCCCAGUAAUUCAAUUCUUAGUAAUUUUGAGCCUCUAAUAUAUCGUCUUUCUAAAACACAUACACAACAACCUAUUAGCGCUGCUAAUUUUAGCUUCUUCAAAAACUCAGAGUCUAGUACUAAAAGACCUUUCACAAGUUGGUCAACUAAAAUAGCACUGGAAACGAACAGGAAUCAAUUGAUAACAUCAUGAAUGAUUUUUUCAUGCAUGACAGGAAUGGUUGCCUCUUCACAAUGAAAGAAAAAGCACUACCUUUUAGGAUUUGUGAGGUAAAAAUGUACAUGUUAAUAGUGCAGGUGAAAAAUGAAAACCGUGGGCAAGUCUACAUCUAUUCUGUCUGAGAAAUGAUGCUCAAGCCUUAGUUUUAGCCAUUCUGACAAAUUUGUUCAAAUCCUUUUAAAAAAGUUACUUAGGUCUUCUGGCUAUGCCUUGUAUCGUGACCCACAAGAAUGUCAACAUCAAGCCAGCUCACCAGCUCCUUUUAACUAAGAGUGUAUCAUUGAAUGGCAGUGAUAAUUAACUAUACGUGUGUGUAUAUAUAUAUUAUAUAUAUAGAAUAUAUUAUUUGUGGGUAUGUGUUUUGUGCUUAACUAUUUAAGGAAACUGGAACGUUAAAGUUACUUUUAUAUGAACCAAGAAGAUAUAAGUUGGGCCUGCACCUUUCGUCACUAUGAAUGUAUUUUGUAUACUGCCUUCAUAUAAUAAACUUUCAAAAACA